ACUAAAGUGACGAGAUCUGCCCUGAACCCUACCUACCGAGAUUUAACAUACACACCAGAAGUUAUCUACCUACCUAACCCUAUAUUUAAAAAUGGCAAAACAAUCACACCAGCACAUACGCUCAACGAUCCUCAUUCAAGGUCCUCGGGCGCGACCUAAACUAGGGAGAUGUCCCGGGACACCUCCGACACCCGACGAUACCAUACAUAACUUUCACACUCUAAAGUCUAAAGCGACCUUGUAAAAAGGUAAACUUUAUAAACGCCAAAAUUUCUCAAAAUCAACGACUCGUGGAGUAUUGUAGAAUAUUGUGACGAUAGAGAGGUUACCAUGAUGUCUCAACCCAAAGGAGAUAGAAAACAUCGUCGAUAUCACCAUAAUAAGAAGAUCAACAUUGGUGACAAAGGCAAGGAAAUCGUAGAGAGCAUAAACGAGAAUAAUUUGGUCGUACAGCAAUUUCGAGGUUAUGCUACUGAGUUGGACGAUAAACACGAUCGUUUCGAAAGAAUUGUAAAAAUCAGUAGAGAUAUCACUAUAGAGAGUAAAAGAAUUAUUUUCCUUUUACACACAAUAGAUAAACAAAGCAAACAGGAGAGCGUUUUACAGGAAGCUAAAACUAGACUACAAAAUGUAGCUCAAAAUCUUUUCUCAUGUAUAGCAUUGGAACUAGAGAAUCAGGAUCCGUAUCAGUACCUUAAAGCAUAUCGUGCUGGUCUCGAAGAAUACAUAGAGGCAAUUACAUUUUACCAAUAUAUGCAUGGUGGUGAUAUAGAACAUUGGACAGAACUUGAAAAGAUACUUACUUACACAAAUUCCGAAAAAUCUGAAUAUAAAACUUUACGUACUUUAGUUACGCCAUAUGAAUACAUCUUGGGAAUUGCAGACCUGACCGGGGAACUUAUGCGUAAAUGUAUUAAUGAUCUAGCAACUGGAGACAUUGGUAGUUGUUACCAAACAUGCAGCUUUGUUAGAAAUAUGUACAAAGGUUUUCUUGGUUCUACAAGUAUAUCUAAUAAAGAAAUGAACAGAAAACUUUGUACACUCAAACAAAGCAUCCAUAAAAUGGAGAACGUUUGUUAUACCAUUAAAGUUAGAGGUUCUGAAAUACCAAAACACAUACUUGUAGAUGUAGCUACAGAAGAAUAUGCAGAGAGUGACGAAGGAUACCAAGUAUAUUAACUAUUUAGAGUAUUAAUUCCUAUUUACAUUACUUGUAUAUAUUUUAUUCAAUGAAAAAUACACUUUGUUUUCGUACUUGUAUCCUUGUAAUACUAUUUAUAUAAUUUCAAUGUCAUAAAAAAGACUCAACAAAAUGUA